UACAUGGACUGGCUGUCACGAUAUUGAUUUGUGAUCUUUAUAUUCGUCAAGGUUCAAUCUCAUGCAGCUUUUCAUACAAAACGAACGUAGCAUUAGAAUCAGGAAAAUGAUUGUGGCUCUUGAGUCUCCUAGAUUUAACAAUGGAACUAUACUGAGCCAGAUCCCGCAAUAUCGUAUAUUUGGUCAGAAAAGAGCCUUAAUAAUGAUCACCCUCAAGCUAUACUACAGAUACUCACUGCAAAGGACUAUGCGUUGAUCUUAGGAAUGCCUGGAACAGGAAAAACCUCCACAAUGGUCCAUGCUGUGAAAGCUUUGUUGAUCAGAGGUUCAUCUAUUCUGCUUGCAUCUUACACAAACUCUGCAGUUGCUAAUCUACUCAUCGAAUUAAAACGCAGGGAAUUGAGUUUUUACGUAUUGGAAGAGACGAGGCUGUACACGAAGAAGUUCGAGAAAGUUGCUUUUCAGCUAUGGGUAUGUGCAGUUGCUGGAACUAAAUGUAGGAGAUUGGAUAAAUUUGCAUUACAUAUCAACAGUACCACUUUAACAUGGACCAAAGAUUGUCCCUCUGGACAUGGCCGCUCUCUAGCUCGUGUUGGAUGCUCUGCGGUAGUGAAGAUUCCUUAGUCAUCUGGGCUUUCAUCUUCUCCACUGAAUCCUUGUGAAGAUUCCUCUGGUACUCAACCCAUUCAGCCCGGGAGUCCCUAAGCCUGGCCUUCUCGGAUUUCAGCAAGUCCUCUACCUUGUUCUUUUCUAAAGCAGUGUGAGUAAGGGACACUUCUGCUUGAGCGAUCUUGGCUGACAGCCUUUCAAUCUCUAGGUUGCGCUCCACGACCGCCUUUUCCAAACUGGAGGAUUUGGCUUGCUCAGCAGCGAGGUCUUGCUUCACUUUCUCGAAUUUCCCGACGUCAAAGAUAUCAGUUUUAAGAUGACGAUCGUAGACCCAAAUGAUGUUAUUAGUCCGGCCUUCAACCUAGAGAAACGAUCAAAGUUAGCAACAGAGCCAAAAGGCAAAAGAUUGCCAAAAUCUAAAUGCAUUACCUGAAACUUGGCACGCACAAUUUCCUUAUACUUGUCGACUAGGAUGAGAUCCUUUAUCUCUGAAUUGCCAAAAUAGAACGGCACAAGCCUCUGCAUCGUUGCACAGCGGAGUAUCUUUCUUGUAAGUGAAGCAGAAUUCACCAGGAUUCAACCUGCAACGCUUAGUCCAGUGUCCGGUUUUGGUACCUUGGACCACAACAUGGAGGUCGUCUACAGCUGGAGGGACCUCCUCUCUUGAAGAAAUCCCAACAUUAGGGAACCGGGACGUUGGUCGCUUCAGGGACAAAGUUCUCAUCUCAGCUUUGGGAACUGUCUGUGCUGUUUUUUUGCGGGAGAAUUGAUGUGAUGUGAGUGCGAAAACAAUUUUUACCCUAAUAGAAUCAACUAAAACCACAAGUGCACAGCUAAUUGAUUGUAAAAAUUAGGGAUCAAAUCUACAGGGAAGGAGAAUCUUUUCUGCAAAAACUUUUGAAAGAGAUUAAAGCAAGAAACUCUAGA